UGUGUUUUGUGAGGUUCCGUACAGAGAACGUCUGUCUGUUAGUUGUGGUAACAGACCUGGCCUUCGUCUUUUGUUUCUUGCAGGAUAAGAAUGGCGUCCACCACUCAUACUGUGUGGGUUACCACAGGAGACAAGAAAAAUGCCGGGACGGAUGCAAAUGUAUCCAUGCGUUUCCAUGGUGGAGAAGGAAAAGCGAGCACUGACGUCAUCACCUUGGAUAACUUCUUCAGAAACGACUUUGAAAGAGGACAAAAGGACACAUUUUCGGUGACCGCGACUGUAGUCGAGACCAUCGACAACAUUGAGCUGUGGAGAGAUACUGCUGGUCUGAAAGACGAGUGGUAUCUGAAUACAGUUGAAGUGUUGUGCAGAACAUCCGGGCGAAAAUACAUUUUCCCAAUCUUCCGGUGGAUCAAAGCAGACUCUCACUACCGCAUACGUCAUCUUGAUACGUCACUUCCGUCUGACACUGAUCCAUUCAAAGAACAACGUGAGAGGGAACUUGCAGAAAUGAAGAAAUUGUAUGAAAUACACGAGGAGUAUCCAGGACUUCCCGGGCAGGUGAAACAUCUACCUCCGGAGGAAAAUUUUUCUGAGGAUUAUAAAUGGGACUUAGACAAGAAGAAAAUAACGUUGAAAAUAACUUCGAAGAUACAAGAAUACUUCACUGGUACAUGGAAAAAUCUUGAAGACCUAAAAAAUGUUUACACCAAGGAAAGUCUCUUUAUACCCGACAGCGCAGCCCACUGGCGGGAGGAUGAAUAUUUUGGAAGUCAGAGACUGACGAAGGUCAACCACUCCUCCAUACGUCUCUGUACGUCGAUCCCAGCAAAUUUGGCAGUAACUGACGACAUGGUCAAGCCAAUCAUUGAGGACCUUACUCUUCAGCAAGCAAUGGAUGCCAAGCGUCUAUUCUACAUCGACUACAAGGUUCUUGAAGGCGUACCGUGUUUAGAAGGCAGAAUGGUCUGUGCUCCGAUUGCACUGUUUUUUGUCAACAAAGACGGAAAGUUGAUGCCAGUUGCCAUACAGCUGCAACAGACGCCAGGACAGGACAACCCGGUGUUUUUACCUACAGACCCAGAAUACACCUGGAUAACAGCUAAACUAUGGUUUAACAAUUCUGACUGUUCCUAUCACCAGGCUUUCUGUCAUCUUGGUUCUACACACUUCAUGAUGGAUGGUGUGGCAGUGGUAACAAACCGUAACUUGUCCAGGUCUCAUCCAGUCUAUAAGCUCCUCGCUCCACACUUCCUUUACCUGCUGGCUAUUAACACACGAGCGCUAGGAAACCUCGUAGGCCCUGGAGGUUGGUUUGACAAUGCCACGUCGAUCGGCCGUCUUGGAACGUUUGAAAUUAUCAGGAGAGUAAUAAGUACAUGGAGAAUGGAUGUUGAAGGGACCCUACCUAAAGAACUUGAAAGCAGAGGCGUUUUGGAUGAAAACGUUUUACCUGGGUACUACUAUCGGGAGGAUGCCUUACCUCUUUACGGCAUCAUCAAGAAAUACGUCAGUAAUUAUUUAGCACUUUAUUACGACUCGCCACAAAAGGUACAGGGAGACAAUGAAAUCCAAGGCUGGGGCCAUGAGCUCGUGAAACCGAUACUGGAUGGAGGAUGUGGACUAAAGGGUGUACCUGGGGACGGCAAGUUCCAGACUGUAGAUCAGCUCAGCAUAUGUUUGACCAACAUCAUUUUCACGUGCAGCGUUGGUCACGCUGCGACAAAUUUCGCUCAGUAUGACCAAUAUGGCUUCCCUCCAGCCUACCCCGGCGUAAUGGCCGGCAAACCCCCCACGGACAAGUCGCCCUUGACAGAAGAGUGUGUCCUGGCUGCCUUGCCAGAUAAAGCUACGACUCUUGACACAAUGCUCAUAACCAAAGUUCUCAGCGACAAGGGUACCAAUAGUCUCGGCGACUUUGAGGUCAACUACAUAUUUGACCCUGCAGCUCUCGCAGUUGUUGAAGAUUUUCGUCAUGACUUAAAGAAGAUAUCUCUGAUAAUUAGAGAAAAGAACAACAAGCGCAACCCGCGUUACCCGUGGUUGGAUCCAGAGGAGGUUCCGAACUCCAUAAGUAUCUAAACCAUGACUCCGGAAUUUGUAACGUUCAUUGUCAAGUGUUUUUGUUUGGUUAUAAUGUGUAUCAAUUCUAACAAUGUUCCCUGACAAUUUUAAGAUAUAUGAUUAUCUGUUUGUAUCGUCAAACAUGACAAUGCUUGUGAAAAAAUAAAAUGUAUCAAAAAUUACGCCAUCGGACAACCCAAACAUUGUGUGAACCAUAUAAACACAACAAAACAAUACCAAUGAUAGUUUAAUUGUUGUUCUGUAUCUGACACACACAAACAACACACAGGAAUAUUAGCAUUGUUGUUCAGUAUUUUAUACACACAAACAACACACAGGAAUAUUAUCAUUGUUGUUCAGUAUCCUAUACACACAAACAACACACAGGAAUACUCUCGUCAUUGUUCAGUAUCUCAUACAUACAAACAACACACAGGAAUAUUAGCAUUGUUUUUUAGUAUCUUAUACACACAAACAACACACAGAAAUAUUAUCUUUGUUGUUCAGUAUCUUAUACAUACAAACAACACACAGGAAUAUUAGCAUUGUUGUUCAGUAUCUUAUACACACAAACAACACACAGAAAUAUUAUCUUUGUUGUUCAGUAUCUUAUACACACAAACAACACACAGAAAUAUUAUCUUUGUUGUUCAGUACCUUAUACACACAAACAACACACAGAAAUAUUAGCUUUGUUGUUCAGUACCUUAUACACACAAACAACACACAGAAAUAUUAGCUUUGUUGUUCAGUAUCUUAUACACACAAACAACACACAGAAAUAUUAUCUUUGUUGUUCAGUAUCUUAUACACACAAACAACACACAGAAAUAUUAUCUUUGUUGUUCAGUAUCUUAUACACACAAACAACACACAGAAAUAUUAUCUUUGUUGUUCAGUAUCUCAUACAUACAAACAACACACAGGAAUAUUAUCUUUGUUGUUCAGUAUCUUAUACACACAAACAACACACAGGAAUAUUAUCAUUGUUGUUCAGUACCUUAUACACACAAACAACA